AUGUCUCAACAACGUCUGAGCAAUGACGAGUUCCUCUCCCACCUUACGCAACUCUUCACAUCCACACACGCCGCAUCACACGGCUCCGUCUACCUCACGCAGAAGCCACUGUCUUCAGAGUCAGAGUCACCGUCUCCAUCGUCCCAAAUCCUCGUCCGCGCCACAAAUGGUCUCUCAAAACCACACCGCACACCCAAAACAAAAUCCUCCACCCCGAAACUGAAAAUAGCAACUGUAGUCGAGAUCGCGGACUUGGAUUCCUUUUACGCCCGCUAUGCAGAAGUGUGCAAGAAAGGAAUGGAAGGUCUGAGGAAACGAGAUAAGAAGAAGGCCAAAGAAAAGGCAAAGGCGAAGAAGAAGGGGAAGAGUGGUGCUGCUCCUUGA